AUGGCUACCAAGACUAACAUUACGCUUUAUACUGCGUCAACCCCAAACGGGAUCAAAGUUCCGAUCCUGCUUCAGGAGCUUGGACUCGACUACAGGCUGUACCACGUCAAGCUAAGGGAGAACGAGCAGAAAGAGCCAUGGUAUCUGGAGAUCAACCCCAAUGGCCGAAUCCCGGCCAUGACGGAUGAAUGGUCCAAUGGACAGAAGAUCCGCGUCUUUGAAAGCGGACCUAUCCUUGAGUACCUAGUCGACCGCUACGACAAGGACAACAAGGUCUCAUAUCCAAGAGACUCCCGUGAAUAUUGGGAAGUAAAAAGCUGGCUCUCAUGGCAGAUCGGUGGCUUAGGCCCUAUGCAAGGACAACUAGAACAUUUCCGAAGAUACGCAGCCGAAAAGAUUGAGUACGGCAUCAACCGCUACGCCAAUGAGACUAAUCGCCUCUAUCGUACCAUGGACACGCACCUGGCCAAGUCUCCACACGGGCUGCUCGUCGGCGACCGCGUUACUAUUGCCGAUAUAGCCUGUUUUGGUUGGGUUGUCAAUCACGACCUGGACGGUGUUUCUCUUCAAGAGUUCCCUCAUAUAGAAAAGUGGCUUGAGAAGCUCCUCGCUCGCCCAAGCUUCAAGAAUGGCCGAGAAGUUGUAUAA